UUUUAAAUAUUACAGUGACAUUUUAUUGUCAAUAUAUUUCUAAUGGCCAUGCGUAGCCUAUACCAGAGUUGCUCGUAAUGCCAGUCCUCGAGCUUCACGUAAUGCAUUUUUUCUCAUAUAUCCUACUUUUCUCCUUACAUCAGUGAGUUCGCUCUCGUGGUGUAGCCUACGUGUGCGACAUUUCCGUCAGUCCUGGAACUGUAAGCUCCUGCGGUCUGUUAGGAGCGUGCACAGACGCACUGCUUAGAAAUCGGCAUGUCACAGCGCAGCCACUAAGCGACACAAGGAGAGGUUUGCCUUUUGGUGUCAGCUUUCCGCCCCCAGGGAAAAUGCUCUGAGGUUCGAACCAGCAGCGCGCGGAGUUAGGGAUCCUAACAGUUCAACCUUCAGCGAAAUUGUGCAUGAAACAACAGCACAUAACUGAACACCGGAAUACAUAGCUAUUUAUCCACUUGUAAGAGGCAUGAAUACCAGUGAUGCCAAGGAGUAUCUCGCACGAAGAGAGGUACCUCAGCUCUUUGAGAGCUUGUUAACAGGUUUGAUGUAUUAUCGACCGGAUGACCCGGUGGAGUAUCUGGAGACCUGCCUGAAAAAGGUCAGGGAGCUGGGCGGGACAGAGAAAGUAAGGUGGGACACCUUCGUUGGCCAGGACAAGAAGUCCCUGCCCCCCCUCAAUGGAGGACAAUCACGAAGGUCCUUCUUCAGAAACGUGCUGCCAGAGAGUCCGAACUUUCCAUAUCGGCGGUAUGACCGCUUGCCGCCCAUCCACCAGUUCUCCAUCGAGAGCGAUUCCGACCUAUCAGAGACUGCGGAGCUCAUCGAGGAAUAUGAGGUCUUUGAUUCAUCCAGACCAAGGCCCAAAGUCAUCCUCAUCAUUGGUGGGCCAGGCAGUGGCAAGGGCACCCAGAGCUUGAAGCUUGCCGAGCGAUACGGGUUCGAGUACAUGUCGGUGGGGGAGCUGCUGAGGAAGAAGAUGAUCCACAACGCCACCAGCAACAGAAAGUGGAGCCUGAUUGCCAAGAUAAUCACCAAUGGGGAGCUGGCCCCACAGGAAACCACCAUAACUGAGAUAAAACAGAAAAUCAUGAAAAUCCCGGAUGCCAGUGGCAUCGUCAUUGAUGGAUUCCCUCGUGACGUCGGGCAAGCUCUGUCAUUUGAGGAUCAGAUCUGCACUCCUGACCUGGUGGUGUUUUUGGCCUGCACCAACCACCGCCUGAAGGAGCGUCUGGAGAAACGGGCGGAGCAGCAGGGACGUCCCGACGACAACCCCAAGGCCACAGAGCGGCGCCUGACCAACUUCAAACAGAACACCAUCCCCCUGGUCAAGUACUUCCAGGAAAAGGGCCUCAUCGUCACGCUCGACGCAGACAGAAAUGAAGAGGAGGUCUUCUAUGAUAUCAGUGUAACCGUUGACAACAAGCUCUUUCCGACCAAAGAACCCAUAGCCGGCCCCAGCGAACUCGACCUCAGUUUGCUCGUGGAAACUUCCAGCCUAGCAGAUGUGUCCUCUGAGUUUGAAGAGCAGGCCUACGAUGAGUUGGCGGGAUUUGCUGGGGCCAAUGCAACCGGGUUUCUAGAAGAUAUGAAGAAACAGAAGAUCAUCUUUGUUGUCGGGGGGCCGGGUGCAGGGAAAGGCCUGCAGUGUGAGAAGAUUGAGGAGCGAUACGGACUCAGGACCCUUUCUCCCGGGGACCUCCUGCACAGCGAAAUGCAGGCCGACACAGAGCGGGGACGCUUCAUACGGGACGUCCUGGAGAGAGGGGAGCAGCUGCCUGUGGAUUUGAUGAUGGAGCUGCUGGGGGAAGCCAUGGCCGGCAGCCCCUUCCAAGGAAAGGGUUUCCUGAUUGACGGCUUUCCGCGGGAUGUCCGACAGGCGGAGGAGUUCGAGGCCAAGAUCGGCGAGCCCAGCCUGGUCCUGCUGCUGGAGUGCCCCACAGACGUCCUGUCCAGGCGUCUGCUACGCAGGAGCGGGGCGGGGCUCCGGCCCGAGGCCCACAGAGACGCCGUCUGCAAGAGGCUGGAGGCCUUCUGGAACACGUGCGAGCAGGUCGCCGCCCACUACGAGCGCAGAAGGCUCCUACACAGGGUCGAUGCAGAAAGGCCCCCGGACGAGGUGUUCCAGAUCAUCUGCCAGAUUCUGGACUUCUGUUAAAAUCCCACCCAGGACCCUCAGUGCUGCCACCCAGUGGUCAGGAUGUCUCAUUGAUGUAUGGACCCAGAAAACCCCCCUGAAGACCCACUGAGCAAACCCACCUGCUUACACUCCUCCACAGCACCAAGGGAUGAAAGGAAUCCGGACAACACACUGGGAAAGCAGAGCUCGAUGGGGUCAACUUCGGGACAAGACCACGGGCUAGCCGCUCACGAAUGAAGACAGAUCGGAUUGUGCCACUGCGGUGAUGGAGCCCCCAUGCCGUCUAAUGAUUGUUGUCCAGCUCCCCGCCCCCCCCCCGCC